AUGUUUCCGCUAACACCACCUGUUGUGAAGCGGCUGUUGGGGUGGAAGAAGGGCCCCGAGGGUUCCACGGCUGAAGACAAAUGGUCCGAGAAGGCCGUAAAAAGUUUAGUAAAAAAGUUAAAGAAAAGCGGUGCGAUUGAAGAAUUAGAAAAGGCUCUGUCCAACCAAAAUAGUCAUACAAAGUGUGUGACGAUACCUAGGGUUAAACCGAAUGAUAAUAUAUUAAAUGGCCAGAAUCGUAAGGGUUUGCCGCAUGUUGUGUACUGCAGGCUUUGGCGCUGGCCGCAGCUUCAAAGCCAGCAUGAAUUAAAGCCGGUAGAUCACUGCGAGUAUGCUUACCAGUUGAAGAAAGACGAAGUCUGCAUCAAUCCAUAUCAUUACAAUAAAAUUGAUUCUCCAGCGUUACCCCCAAUCUUGGUGCCUCGUUGUCCCGAGGGGGAAAUAAGAGCCCCCCCGCCCUACGAAUAUCAGCAUCACGAUCACGACAGCGUGAUGCAGAGCAGCGUGGGCGUGGUGGGCGUGGGUGUGGGUGCCGGCGUGGGCGUGGGCGUCGGUGGUCACAGCGCCCUGUACCUGGAGGCGACGCUCGCGCAGCAGGUCCCUGGGAACACAACCGUGCAGCUGAGUUCUUCAUCAGUGGAGACCCCGCCCCCCGGUUAUAUGAGUGAGGACGGUGACCCCAUGGAUCACAACGAUAACAUGAAUCUGACCCGCCUCACCCCCUCCCCAUCAAUGGCGACUGAAGCUGCCCCCGUGCUGUACCACGAGCCGGCGUUCUGGUGCAGCAUAAGCUAUUACGAGCUGAACACGCGCGUCGGGGAGACCUUCCACGCGAGCCAGCCCUCCAUCACGGUGGACGGAUUCACUGACCCCAGCAACAGUGAACGUUUUUGCCUGGGUCUGCUUUCCAACGUGAAUAGAAACGAAGUGGUCGAACAAACAAGGAGGCACAUCGGGAAAGGUGUACGACUGUAUUAUAUUGGAGGAGAGGUUUUCGCCGAAUGUCUCAGCGACUCAUCCAUAUUCGUACAAAGUCCGAACUGCAAUCAAAGAUACGGCUGGCACCCGGCCACCGUGUGUAAAAUACCUCCAGGUUGUAACCUGAAGAUCUUCAACAACCAAGAGUUCGCGGCGCUGCUGUCCCAGUCGGUGUCGCAGGGCUUCGAGGCAGUGUUCCAGCUCACGAGGAUGUGCACCAUCAGGAUGAGCUUCGUCAAGGGAUGGGGGGCGGAGUACCGUCGUCAAACAGUAACAUCAACUCCGUGUUGGAUCGAGCUGCAUCUCAAUGGACCGUUACAGUGGUUGGACCGUGUGCUCACACAGAUGGGGUCACCUCCAUUGCCCUGCUCCUCUAUGUCAUAG